AAAAGCUGUAUAAACUUUUUUCCAAUCACUGGGGGUUUUGGUCCACUUGAGCAAGCACUGUCCACAUCCUGGAGUGCACCACCUGGUAUGUAUACUCAUCCCAGGUUUACCCUGGGGAAAUGUGAAUGUGCAUGCUGUAUCGUCUGCUGAUUUUGUCUGUUGCUUGUGUUUUUUUUUCUUAACUAGCAUUCCUCAUUUACUACUUGGACUCCUCUGAGCAUAUGAAGGGGAGUGUGGGGAAGCAUUUGAACUUGGGAGUUGCUUACAUCUAGGCAAAAGUUCUUUUCCACAUAAGCUUUUGUGUCCCAAUGUUGGAUAAAGAAGAAAAAAGUGCCAUUCCUGCAUGUUUUACUUAUCCAAAUUGAUUUUCACGAUCUUUUAACACUUGCUGAGGAUAAUUAAGGUUAAUGCAUUAAAUGAAGGAUUUAAUGAUCUGUUCACUCUCAGGCAUCACCAUGUAUCACUAACCAAGCAAAUACACAAUGAACGAAUAAUGGCACAGUAGUAAUUUCUUUGUAGUCUUUGUUGUGAACCUGCAUCUAUAGAUGAGUCAUUUGCUUGGCCCACAAUAGGUUUAGCUGCUGCCCAGAAGGGAAGAGGAAAUCUUCCAUUUGUGCCAUAUGUCUGUGCUGUCCCCACGUUUCCGGCUGGCUCCCUGCAGCAGGAAUUCCUACCUUUCAGUUUGGGAGCGGCAUUUCCCAGGAAGACGCCUUUCAAAGGAGAAUUGGAGGAAGUCCUGAUUCGGACAGUUUUACGGUUGCUCAACGCAAAUGCUCGACUCGGAGGAUGCUAGAGCAGGAAACAAUUUUAUGUUGCUUCAUUUGAGGUUUAAAACAAGGCAGCUGGGUGUGGGAGAGAAAACUCUAUCUAAUUUGGAUCGAGGCUCUAGUAUCGCAAGGGCAGAUGGAAAAGGUGAAACUUUAAUUGUAUGCAAAUGUAUGAUAGAGUACAAACGAAUGGGAAUGUGUUUGUAUAUGUGUGUCUUGAACUUCCUGCCCAAUAACUCCAGCAUAUCUUGGCAGAGUUUGAGACCUUCCUGACCACAUUCUCCUUUGUCACAGUACAAGCAUCCUGGACUACAUCGGUGUAUGCGUGUGUCACAAUUACUCACUCUCUCUGUGGUCUCUAAGUUUAGAAUUUAACAAAAACUUUCGCAUAGCAGUAAUACAUGGGGACCAUCCAAACCAAUCAGUGUGGUGAAGGUUCAGCUUGCAAAGCCAGUCCACCUCAUGUCUGGAUCCCUGCGAAUCCCUCUCUACUGCCGAAUAUUAUGGGGGCAGUUUGAACAAAUGUGUGCUAGAGGUGAGACAGUGGGAAUGUUAGUUGGUGUGGGUUAGACAGAAACAUGUCAGAAACAAGACAUUCCAAAAAUAAGCCAAUCAGGGUGUCCCUCUUCGCCAAUAAAACUGUCAGAAUUAGUGAGUCAGACAGGCUGUUUUCAUACCCAGCUCACUUUCUCUCUCUUUCCCCUCUCUCUGUCUCCCUGUCAUAUAAUUAGUCCCCUGUCUCUACUCAUUGCACUGUACCUCGUCAUUCAUUCAUGUGUGUGGCAGUUGCAGUCCUAGGACAGUAAAUUGAACCAGAGUUACAUCAUGCCCUCUGGUGCUUGAAACUCAGACAGGGUGGGUUGGAGUUUACGAUGGCCUGUCUGAGCCAGCAAUCUCCUGAGAUGAAGCACUGCAUGGUGGGACAGGUAGAAGAAGAUUAACAAAGGAAAGACAGAAAUAUGUUAAAGGAGCCAUUUAUAAUUUUUUAGAGCUCUGUCUUGCUACUGAGGUCAAUUACAAUUGCAGUGAAAACAAGUAUUUCCUUUCCUCCUGAUUAACCCCAUCACUCUGUUGAAAUGUAAGUGCAUUAUGGGUAACAUUUUUAGGCAGAAAGGCAGCUCUGAGCAACUCUGUUCUGGCUGAGGCCUGAGGGGUGGAGAUAAUUUAUGGUCUGGAAAAAAUGUGAACAGAAGUUAUAAAUGAAGAAAACAAUCAUUUAAAUUGCACUGCAUUCUAAGCUAUCCUUGAAAUUCUAUAAUUAUUACAUGUCUAGAAACAUUUAUCGUAAAGUGCAAACUGUACCUUUAACUAACCCCUAGUUUAUUGUAUUGUGUUUAAAGAUCUCACAUGCACAAAAUGGUGCUACAUGCAUAUACGCUCUAUGCAUUAAAUAUUGUUACUAAUCUGACCCUUCCCAUUAGAGCUGUCAAUCACAUGCAGGUUUAACCCUUAAUAAGAAGCUUAUUUUUCACCUGCCCUCUAGUCUACAGUACACAGCCACUCCGAUCAUACCUCCGUCCCAUACCACAUCUCAGCCUGCUCCAUCCUGAUGUACAUCAUACAUUCUGUCUUAUCUGAAGAACAAAUCCUAGAGGCAGUUCCUAUAGUAAAUCCUAAUGUUUCCUUUGAGCUGAAUUUGGCUUUCAGUAGUUUAAAAUGCAGUAUGUAAUUUAAAAAAGUGUUAAUAGACCUAGAAUUAUAUCUUGUAUUACAAGGUCUUUCCAGGUGGACAUCUUUUUUUUUUUUUUAAGUUCAGGAACUGUGUGUGUUUCAAAGCUCAUACAAGAGACUUCAUCAGUCAUGAGCUGAAUCUGCUGAAUCUAGGACGUCCAGUUGCCAAGACUUUCAGAGUGCUACUACCAUGAGAGAUUCGUCAUGCUCUGGAUGACUGAAAACCUUCAUGAACAUACAUGGAGAGUGCCAUCACGUUGUGGCAGUUCCUGUUGCAGUUGCUGCUGGACCAGAGCCAUAAGCACCUGAUCUGCUGGACGUCGAAUGACGGCGAGUUCAAGCUGCUCAAGUCUGAGGAGGUGGCCAAGCUUUGGGGUCUGAGGAAGAACAAAACGAAUAUGAAUUACGAUAAACUGAGCCGAGCUUUGCGCUACUACUACGACAAGAAUAUUAUAAAGAAGGUGAUUGGUCAGAAGUUUGUGUACAAGUUUGUCUCGUUUCCCGACAUCCUGAAAAUGGAUCCUCAGGCGGUGGAGCUUGGCAGAGAAGGGGGCAGCAUUAUGUUACAAGAGGCCGAGUCUGAUGGAGGGGAGGGGGAAGAAUCUCCAAAACUCUCUCUGUCAUCGCUGAGAAGCCCCGCUGGCAGGAACGAAUAUCUUAACUCUGGCCUAUACUCAUCUUUUACUGUUAGCUCCCUCCAAGGUCCGCCUCCACUGCUGCAUCCAGUCAAAGUGGAGAAAAGGAGAGGGGUGGAACGAGGGGAAGAAGGACCAACCGUGAUUAGGUUUGUCACCAAUCGGUCAGAGAAAGCAGUGCCCCUCCCCUCCUCUCCUGCCCCUACCUCAUCAGAGGUUUUCUUCAGCUCAAAAGCCUCCCCUAAUUCCUCUCGUUCAUCAUCCCCGUCUCAUAGCCCAUCCUACUCACGGAGGCUGAGCCCAGAGGCUCGGAUGGACGAAUCAGAGCAGAACGCUCAGCCUCUCAAUUUAUCAUCCGGCCACAGGGAGCGAGCCCAGGUGCAAGCCUCGCCCCUUGAGAGGAGGAGUAGCACCAAUGGACUUCCUCCCAAAGCUCGGAAACCCAAAGGUCUGGAAAUCUCAGCUCCUUCCAUACUGCUUUCAGGAAAUGACCUGGGUUCCAUUGCCCUCAACAGCCCUGCAUUGCCCUCAGGGUCCCUCACACCAGCCUUCUUUACUGCACAGACUCCCUCGGGUUUGCUGCUGGCUCCAAGCCCUCUUCUAUCCUCCAUUCAUUUCUGGAGCAGUCUGAGUCCUGUCGCUCCUCUCAGCCCAGCACGACUACAGGGACACGGAUCCCUUUUCCAGUUCCCUACUCUGCUGAACGGACCUCUCCCCGUGCAUCUCCCCAACCUGGACUCUUCAUCCUCCUCUUCCUCGCUUCUCCUCUCAUCUAGUACUCCGAAAUCCUGAUUCCAAUCCCUUUUCUAAAAAAAAAAACCACACACACACACACACACAUUAAUACUUGCUAAAAAAAAAAGUCAUUGUUGCACUACACCUCCUUGUGGUUAUAGUUACCACAAAAAUAACCACAUCCAACAUUUUAAAGAAAACAGAUUACUUUUUAAAAAAGAAAACAUUUCUAGGCCGAAACUCCGGCUGUACACCAAUCUGCUCAUGUGGUAGAUAUUAUUGUGCCAAAGAAAGCAAAAUGGCACCAGUGAGCUGUUGGAAAAACUCAGCCUUAUAAUAUAUCAUCCAAAUCAAGAGGUUUUUUCUAUUUUUAAUAAAGUCAAAUUUUCAAAUGAGACACACGUAAAGCAGUGCUGGAAAAUAAUAGUACAUACAAUCUUCCUCUACGUAUUACCCCCCACAUUUGGCAAGAACCAAAGAUACCAUUGACUUCCAGACAACACACUCCUACCAGUCAUACAUUUUUCUCCAAAUUGUAGUCAUUGCAGAUUCCCACCCACAAGCUAGUUCUGCUGGGUGAUAUGGUGAAGGCUAACACAUGCUUCCUCCAUCAAAAUAUUUUGAAUUUCUGCAAAUGUAAUGUCAGGGCAGCUGAAAGCAUUUGGAGGAGAGCACCAUCUGACCAAUCCUGUAUAUACAUGAGCGAAGAAGUGCCCGUGUCAUUCUGAAUGACCGGGAAAGAGCGAUGCCAUCCUGCUCACCCAGAGAGCAAAGCCAAUCACACUCCCAGUCAUGGAUGGUUAUAGAAGCAUUGGGAUUUGAAUUCAGAUCAUCUGACGACAGCAUUUAGUGCCUCCAGCGUUGGUGCUUUUAUCAGAAUGUUCAUGUCUCUCAGUUUAGUGAAGCUCCUACUGCAAAGCUGAGAGCAUACUUAUUACAACCCAUAUUAGAGAGAUCUUCUUAACAGUUUUUUUUCCCCCCAUUUGGUUUCCAUUGUAUGUUUUUGUAAUCAUCUUCUGAGGCUGUGAAUCAGGUUCUGUUUAAUUUGUCUGAUAUUGUAUAUUAUUGUAUUGUAUGCACUGUGCUUUAAACUACCGGCUGUGCCUUUUUUCUGUGUAAGAAUGUGUAUAUGUAUUAUUUUCCUGCUUUUAAGAAAUUCAGACAAAAUGUUUUGUAAUAGACGAAUUCCAUCACCAUAUCGGAAAGAAAAGCAUUGUAAUAGCUUUGUUAUUUUUUCAUUACGGAAUUGAAAAAAAAAUGUAUUCUCAUAUUAAUUUUAUAUUUUUUGCUUUCUAAGAGACAAAGAAAUGUGCCUGUUUUCAAUAAAAGGAAAGCAUUGAAUGCUG